ACUCAAGUUGUACGUUUUCCACGCUCGACUAUUUUUGUGCAGAUUUGUAAUCAUUAUUGUUUUGGGAGCCACGAGGACCGGUGCCUUAAAAAACAGCUGGCCAGUCCUAUUUUGCCUUUUGCGACUACCUACAUAAAAAGUAACGGACUUUCCAUUUGAAUCUCGAAGGUUCCUCGGCGUAUCAAGAUGACUCUGGGGCCAUACAACAGACACCAAUCUGAUAGGAAAAAGCAAGCUGCCUUGGCCGCGGCAUUUCCUCAAGGAAUCAAAUGCCAGAAGUGCCUCGAGUUUGGUCACUGGAGUUACGAGUGCAAAGGAAAACGCAAGAUUCUCGUUCGCCCGUCGCGUACCCAGGUUCUUAAGAAGAACUUGAAGGCUAAGGAAGCUAAAGAGGAACCACAGUGCAGUGGUGGUAGUUGCAAAAUUCCAAGUAAGAAAAAGAAGCGCAAUGACUCCAGCUGCUCCGACUGUUCCGACAGCUCCUCAGACAACUCCGACUCCUCCAGUUCCAGCUCUAGUUCCUCCGACAGUGACAGCAGCAGCGACUCAGAGAGUGACAGCGACAGCAGCAACUCGGGCUCAGGGAGUGAUUAAUAAUUAGGCUCACGGUAAUUGUAGCACCUUCUCACAGUAAUGUUUUUAUUUUUGUUAUUUGCCUUAAAUUCCUUUAUCAGUCAGAUUGCAGGUGUGCAGUGUCAAUUUUCUGUAGGUUAAAUGUUUCUAUGCCAAACUAUUAGAUAUUUACAUCUUCCAAGAAAGGUAGAUAGGAAGUUAGUCACUUGUUUUUGAUGUUUAGAUUAGAUAAAGAGUCAAAAUGUAGACAACAGAAAUUUAAUACUGUAGAAAAUUAAGGACUUAAAUAAUGAUGAUGCAUAUUAUAACCACCGUACUUGGAACUAACUUUAAUAGAUGAUAUGUAAAGCCUUCCAGGCAGGCAAGCAUGGUCGCGCGAUAAAUGAUAAAACAUCAGGCCGUCCCUAUCGAACUUACAAAUAGUGCGAUAGGGACGGCCUGAUGUUUUACCAUUUAUACCAUACUUGCCUGGCGUAACACCAUAAACACUUACUGUGAGAUAGGAGGUUUAGCAGUAACAAUGCUGGUCAUUUUAUUUAAAGAUUAAUUUUUUUUUUAUAUAAGGAGGUUUAGAUAAUGCUUCUUCCUGGCAUCAGCCCAUUCUCAUGCCAGCCAGUGCUAGAAUUAAAAUAAAACAAAUAUACAUAUUGAUGCCAGUAAGUUAAGUACUUCUUGCAUCUGAGCUGUCCUGCCAGUAACUGGUAUUGUCUAAAUCCCCUCGAUUGAUAACUUUUUGUGUGAUUUGAUUUUUAUUUAAUACUUUACAAUGCUAGAUUUAGGUUUUAUGAAUGUGUAGUUUCUUACUUGUGAUGUCUGUUACCAUUGCUAAUAAACAAUUAAAUUGUGACUUCAGUUGGUUUGUGUAAUAAAUAUUGUUGAAACAUUGUAAUUUGUUUAUUGGUGAUGAGGGUAAUUUUAUAAAAAGGAUUUUAACUUAUUAGAAUAUAUAAGAUACUAUGUUAGGUCACCGGAGAUAUUUGCAUGGGUAAUUUUGCAGUUUUUGAAGAGGUCAAAGGCCAAACUGUUUAGAUAUUUGAAAGGUACAGAAGUUGAUGGUGUAUGGAAUUACCCAUGUAAAUUUUAGACGGAUUUAUAGCAGUUUAUACUCUUUGCGUCUGAUGGAGAUCUAUGCUGGCGUAGGAUACGAUAGAAUUAAAAUAUAAUCUUAUUUUCUGUGUUGUUAGCUCGGACCACACCGAGCUAGGCAAUUUCCUCUCGCGGCAAACAUCAUGUUUGAAACAUGCUAUGUAGACAGACACAUUUCCUCGCUCUAUGUGGACCUGGCUAUUCUGUACCUAUCAAACUAAGUUAAGGUUUUACAAUACUACUCAUGACAUGUAAUGUUAGUGUACUAUUGUUUCCAUGCUUUGUACUAUACUUGCAGUGACGUAAGAUAGCAGUAGUAUCGCCAAGUAGAGUACAUGUUUAGAAUAUCUG